UUUGGCAGCUGAAAAGUAACCUUAGUUUUAUGUUCACAAUGAUUCCGGGCUUUGGGAUGGCAAUUUCUGAUUGACCUAUUAUCACGAAUAAUUAAGUAACUCAAUACAAAUUUUUUUAAUCACACAGAUGAAUUUGUGACAGUCCGCAGCAUUGGAUGCCAAGUCAUUCUUGAGAUAAAAAUCCAAAUGCCAAAAGUGUCAGAAAAAUGGAUUCGACGCACCAUAAGAACAAUGAUGAUUACUUGCAGCAGUAUCGGAUAAUUUCGGCUAAGCUCAGAAAGCGCUUCCUGCGCAAGCCAAAUGUUGCCGAAGCAUCUGAAGAAUUUGGAGCCCUGGAACACAAGCUUGCUGACAGUGAACUAUGGUCUGGAGCAGGGCUCUGCUGCAUUGCCAUUGCCAGAUGUCAGCAAAGCCUUGCUAAUGCUCAUGCUGAAGCUGAGGCAUUAGCACAGGCUGCUCGUUAUUAUGCCAAAGGGGAACAUGCAACUCGAGAUAUACUUUGUCCAAGUUUUGGAGAUAGUCUACUCACGGCAUCCUCUUGCUACCGUAAAGCUAUAGAUAUUCACUCUUCCACCAAUGCCCAAAGACAACAAUCGCCCUCAACCUCCACACCUGGCAAAACAAAUGAAAGUAAUUCAGCAUCAGCUAUGGUUGAGUCUGAAAUUCAAGGAUGUGGGAAAAAUAUCAUCCCUGCAGCACUUUCAGUAGAACUAGCAGAUACUUUACAGCUAUGUGACCAAUGCUCAGAAGCUCUACCUGUGUUACAAAGCGCCGCUGACAUGCUCUCUGACACUCCUGUUCAACUGUUGCAAGUCUUGCAGCAGUUACAUGAUUGCUAUAUCUUGUUAGGAGACUUGGAUGGAGCUUUGCAGACGUGCAUUAAAAUUCUAGAUGUAGCUUGGCAUCUGCAGCCAAACAGCUCUCAAAAAAUAUACACUUUCAACAACGUCCCUGCCAGCAUUCAAGAUAUUAUCUCCAGUUGCGAAGUCUCCAGUCUUUUUCUGCUCCUCAUCCUUCAGCCUCUUCCUCAACGCACUCCUGAUGUUCUUAAACGCAUACUUAUUAAAUAUUCUGCAGAGACUGCAGCAAAUGAUUCAAAUGCACCAUGGGGAGACGCAGGCUUGUGGUGUCUAUUGCAGAGUUUGGCCAUGGCUGCUAAAGCCAACGACUGGACGGCCGCUAAAGAAGUUUCUGUUCCCCUAACUUCCCUGCUACACCUCAUGCCUUACCACUUACACCUUCUGUAUUUGCUCUUAUUGAAUGUCAAUAGAGGCUGAACUACUUCUGCAACAUAUAAAACAUUAAAGAUAGUGCCCUGGAUUAGGUUGCACGUUAAACGAUCUGAUAUGCGCAAAUAAUCUAUUACUGGACACAACAUUUUCCUAUGAGCAUGGAAAUUAUUGUUUGAAGCGUUACGUUUAUUUUUUAAUGAUAUUUCCCAAUACUAGUUGAAAGUUAUCUGUUUUUGUUGCCGUUUACAUGAUUCUUCAUAUUUAUUGUUACUAUCUGUAUAGAUGCACAGGUUUUCUAUAAAUUAAAUUUUACUUACACUAUAACGUACAUCCAUGUGCUAUUAAGUAACAUUAUUGAAAUAAUCACUUUGGUAUCUGAAGUUCAAUAUUGAUGUAUUUUUAUAGCUAUUUUACUUUUUUAUCCCCCAAGUUGGCGAUAAAUUAUGGUAAAUUCAUAGCCUCGAAAGGCAUUUUAAAAAUUCAAAUAUAUAUGUCGAUGCAUGAAAUAAAGUGAAGACGUUCUCAAAAAA